UUUACAUCGCUCCAUCUCGCUCGCUCGCUUUUCGCUGUGGAUUUCUUUUUUUUUAUUGUAUUAAACAAAUCGCAAAAAUAGGUCUUUAAUGGCGGUGUAAUCGAAUCGUAGUUGUAAACAAAAACAAAUAAAAGGCGUGGGAAGUGCGAGGCAACAUAAACAUUUGGGGGACUUCGCAUUUUGCAACAUGAGAGCGGUCAAUUAGCAAGUCAACAACAACAACAUGGCGCACCUGCACCAAAAUUCUUCAUGUUGACGUCAACAAAGUGAAAUCCGAUCAAGAAAUCGUAGUGAUCGCAAGGAAAGGACCGCAAUACGGAUAACCGUGUGAAACGGAAGCAUCGAGGAGGAGGAGGGUUACUACAAUCCCCAGGAUCAACAGGAGCAGACUACCCAGCGUAUCUAGAGUCCUCGGAUCCAUCAUCACACCAGGAUGUACUCCGAGUGGGCCUCGCUGUCCGCCCAAAUCACAGCCAACAGCUGCGGCGCCCAGUGCUUCAGUGUGCUGAACAAAUUCCCCGCCUCCGCAGGACGCGAAGUGGUCGUCUCCGUGGUCAAGCAGCUGGGCACCAAUCUGGGCAUCACCCAGAAUGCAGAGCCCAGUCACCUGGUCAAAGACGAAGAGGUAAAAUGGUGCAUGGACGUGAUAUGCUUCGGACUUUCGCUUCCUCUGCAGGAACACGAGACGAUCAAGGACUGCGUGAAUGUGUACUGCGAGUGGCUGACGGCGCUGCAUCCGCAGCCCAGGAUCAGUGUUCCGAAGCCGAUAUGCGAGGAUGCCAAUCUCUAUGCGCGCCAGAUCAUCAACCACUUUCACAAUCUGUUUGUGCCGCGCCAGGGCGAAAGUGCAGAUACAAUUAAACGGCAGGCAGUGCUCUGCCAUCGGGUGCUACGAACUCUGCAGCAAACUGCCCAGAUAUCGCAGCUGAUGGACCGGCAGACGUGGGACACGCUGCUACUCUUUCUGCUGGCUAUCAAUGAGAUCCUGCUGGCGCCGCCCACCGUCAAGGACGAUGUGGGCGAUCAGCUGUGCGAGCGAGUGCUCUCCGUGCUCUUUGAGGUCUGGCUUCUGGCCUGCGUUCGCAGUUUUCCCUCGCCGUCGAUGUGGAAGACGCUGCAGGAGUCGUGUGCCAUGUGGCGGCACCGCGUGGCCCUCGUGGAUCAAUGGAAUCGAGUAAACUUGGCCCUAACCGCUCGCUUGCUGGAGUUCAGCUAUGGUCCUGCGUUUCCGCAGCUCAAGAAUGCCGACGAGGAUGGCCAGCUGAUACCAAUUGGAAUGUCCAACGACUGUGUGGCCCAGACAUGGUACCGCUUCCUGCGGAUGAUUGGCAAUCCCACGGCGCUCUGUUCACCACAUAUCAUCAGCAAAUCAUCGCACUUUGUGCAGUGGGCCUUGACCCAUGAAAAGGGCGCCGAGACGCAUCAGCAUCCUUGCCUGCAACAACUGCCGCAGAUCUUCCUCAAUGCCAUGAAGGGCAUUUCCAGUCAAGUGGACGCUUUUCUAGGCGUUUAUCAGCCGUCGCCGCUGCAAACGGACGGUGUAGUGACGAAUCUGCUGGAAAUCCGGCACUCGCUCAACGAGGCCACCUCCUCGACCCUGCAGCAGUUCAUCCACUCCAGUAGCGCCACGAAUAUUGCGAACCAGCAGAAUCAGCCCGCCCAUCACCAUCAUCACCUCCACUAUCCGCAUUUGCAUUUACACGGCGCUGGUAGCUUUCUGCGCGACAAUUUCAUGAGCAACUCGGCCAGCUCCGCCCUGAACGCCAUCAUGGGUCACCAUGGCGGCCACCAUGGUCACCACCAUCAGCAGCAGCAGCAGCAGCAGCAGCAGCAGCUCCAGAUCAGUGCCUCGCCCACCAGCAGUCUGACGACGGGCGGCAGCUCCGCCGUGGGCAGCACCAGUGCCGGAGGCAGUCACUCUGCCGGAAUCGUUGGCAGCAUCUCCUUUGGCGCCACUGAAUCGCCUGGCACGGGUCAGGCCUCCGCCUCUGCCACGCCCACACCGCCACUCCAGCGACGUCUGGCGAAAAGCUUCAGCGUAGCACCCACCAUCACACAACAGAAGGGCUUGAGCAAGACCUCGCUUAUUGGCCUCACCGGCGGUGGUGCACGCAACGCGAUCAGCAGCAGCAGCACCACCAACGCCGGCAGCACGGGAACGGGAUCGGGAGAGGGAUCCGCUCCUGCUCCGGCGCCCACAACUCCCACGUCCACGUCGGGUCCGCCGUCGGCGAGCAGCAGCAUCAACUCUCUGCCGCUGACUUCGAUGGGAGCGGGUGUCGAGCUGGCCGUGGCCAGACCCAAGUGCAACAGCAUUCUCCACGUAUUCCACGAGUGGCUCUUCGAGGCGGCGCACAUCGGAGGCGACACUUGGCGGCAAAAUCGUAAAAAGCAAGCAUGCGAGGCCAGUAAGCGACCAUCGUCGAUGAUAAUGGAGCACCGCAAGGGAUCGAUAUCGUUGUCGCAGCCAAACUCCCUCAACGAUCCGCAAUCGUUGCCACCCACGCUAACCAUCGAUAAGUAUGAGUCCGGCCGAGCCGAGGCCAUUGGAACGCUGUGCAAGAUCUUCUGUGCGAAGAAGACGGGCGAGGAGAUCCUGCCCGUCUAUCUGGCCCGCUUCUACAUGGCAUUGCAGCAGUGCCUGAAGAUCACAGAGUCGCGGGAAUGCGACGAGACGUUGGCCAGCAUCCUGCUGCACUCGAGUGAUCUGUUUCGCCUGGACCUGGAUGGGAUUAAUGUGCUGCUGCCAGGUUUCAUUGCCGCCUUGGAAAUCGUACUGCCCGACAAGGACCUCAAGCUGAAGACCCAAUCGAUGGUCUUCAAUCGCACCGAACUGCGCCGCUCGGCGAUCAACAUCCUGCUGUCCAUUAUGGUGCUGCCGUUGCACUACCAAACGCUGCCCAUCCGGGAUCUGACCUGCGAAACGAGCGAGAACAGAAUGUUUACCUUCAUCCAACUGAAGUCUCGCCUCAUGAACAUCCUGAUGAAUGCCCUGCAGGUGGAAACGGAUGCCCAAAACACGCACAUGCUACUGGGCGGCCUGCUGCUCUGCGUUCAGGACGCCGUCACCUUCGAGGAGACGGAACUGGGCGGUGGCAAUGCCAAUCUCUCGCACAACUCCAGUGGUGUGCAGCACCACGACGCCAAUCUACUGAGUUCGGCGUGCUCGGAGCGUUCCGCUUCGCUGGUCAGCGCUGGCACAGCCAGCUUGGGCGGCCAGACGACGGCCACCAUGGGAGCGGGAUCGGGCUCCAUUCGCGACACCGGCUCCGCCCACGACUACCCCAGCCUGACCAUUUCCGAUGACAUGUCAUUCGAGUUCGGCCAGGAACUGGAGGGGGUGACCACUUAUGAUAACGCCCAUGCCCUCUUUGUGCGCGCCACGUAUUUGGUCUGCCAUCGACUGAUCUCGUCGUGGAAGACGGAUCUGAAUGUUUCGCUGGCCGCCUUGGAGUUGCUGUCUGGCUUGGCCAGGUUACAUAUCCGGGAAACAGCCAGGAAAUUUACAAAUGACACCUUAGUGAAAAUAUACGAAGCUAGUCAGAAUCUAACGAUAAUCUCCUCAGACGCUCUAGAGUGCAAGCGGGCCGUGAAGUGGAUCUGUGACUAUAUAUGCUACCAGUGCUCCCGUCCGCCGCCGGCGCACAGCAAGGAUCUGCACAGCACCAUUGUGGCGGCCUUUCAGUGCACCGCCGCCUGGCUGAUGCAGCAUCCCUAUUUGCUGCAGGACAAGGAUUGUCUCCAAACGGUCCUCGAGGUGGUGGAGCUGGGUAUUUCGGGCACCAAGAGCCAGAGCAAGGGCACCGAUAUACCCAAGUUUAAGGACGAAAAGGAGCUAAAGCCCGCCUCUAUGAGAGUGCGAGAUGCUGCAGAGAAUCUGCUGACCAUUAUCCUCGAGCAAGUGGGCUAUUUCCCCAGCGAGUGCGGUCCAGAGUCCAUAUCCUCGCUAUUGGAUGAGCUGGCGCUCAUGAAGCACUGUAACUCUAUGGUGCCGGCGGCGGCGGCCAGCAGUGAGCAGGCCAUUGCCAAGUUUAAGUACUUCGUGACCGAGAACUCCACCAUAUUGGCACUGCUCGAGGAGCCGUUGGGCAAUGACCAGGAUCCCCAACCCACAGUGACACUGCUCAUUCGCGGCCCCUUUGGUCGACAUGCCUGGACCAUGCAGUUGCGUCAUUUGCCUCGCAGUAAGUCUGGGAUUAAAUACCAUGCCAUUAAUCCUGGCAGGCCCAUACCCAUGAACGAUGUAACGCAGCGGCUGGAUAGCGAGCAAAAGAACUUCCCCGACGGCGUGGACAAAGUGCAGCCUUGUGUGGCGGACUACUCCAUACCCACCACCGAACAAAUGCGCGAGCAAUACGGCACUGCAGUCAUACGAGAGCUGGAGUCAUUACUGGAGAACCAGAGCAUUCACGAGAAACUGGCCUGGGCGGAGGCGGACACCAGUGCGGACAGUUUGUCGCACGCACAGGAAUGUGUGCCGCCAACGGUGUGCCACGAGUUCCAUGCGGCGCGUCUCUUUCUCUCACACUUUGGUUUCCUGGGCUUCGAGACGCGGAAUCCACAAAAUCCAGCUGAGGCACUUGGCAAUCCGACACAGCGGCCGCUAAUCGUGCUGGACACCAAGUCCGCAGCCUUCGCCGCCGAUCUGGAUCGAUUGGAUAAGCUGAGUGCGAGGACGCACGACAGCGUUUAUGUUUUCUAUGUAAAGAAUGGCCAAACGAGUGCCCAGCAGAUUAUCGCCAAUAUGGGUGAGGAAUCGUCUGCCAGCCAUGAUCCUCACUUCGCCAGCAUGCUGCAAACGCUGGGCUGGCCGGUUCAGGUUUCAGAACACUCUGGUUGGACGGGCUUUGUCCACAACUCGUGGUCACUCAAGGGAACGCCCGAGGAGCAGCUAAAGUCCACUGCCAACGAGCUGAACUACAAUGGAUCACAGCGGGUGCUCUACUGGGCGGAUGUGUCAUCGGAAAUCGCCUUCGUGGUGCCCACGACGUGGAAUCUGCGAUACAAUAGCGACACUUGCGAUAGUGGAAGCAUCUCGAGCACGGAUCAGAUUGGCUCCAGCAAUGUCUGGACACGCGGAGAGACCGACAGUGCGGCUGGCCUGGCAAAAUCCAAGUCAAGGAAUCUUAGCCUAGAACUCGACACGAAUCGCAGGGAUGUAAAGGAGCCAGUUCCGCCGACGCGUCGAAAAGGAAAUGUGACGAAACCCACGCUAUUGGCCCAGGCGCCGGCCAAGAUCUUUCUGGUGUGGCUGGAGAGCUAUGAGGAUUACCUAAACUUUCCACUUGAGGAUCUGCUAGCCUAUACGCGAACUGGCGAGGAGCUGCAGACGCAGCAGUUGCCUCGCGCCUCCGACUGUCACGUGAUCUUCGUGCAUUCGCUGCUCUCGGGACUUCUGAGAGUAAAGUUGCAAGGUCCACCGGGAAGGAUGAGCUUUGCCACACCCCUGGUCGAUGGCAUGGUCCUGAGCCGGCGGGUAGUCGGAAAUCUAGUGCGACAAACGGCAUUGAACAUAUCACGCCGCCGGCGCCUGGACAAUGAUAACUACCAACCGCCUCAUGUGCGACGACGGCUCAAGGUGCAGGACAUUGUCCAGAAGUACAAAAUGGAUCUGAGCGAGGCCGAUCUGCUGGCCCAUCUGUUCCAGCGCGCAAUUUAGCCGGCUAACGGAAGUAUUAUUAACCCGCUACCUAGUUUAAGAGCCAGAGAAGUGGUCUUUUCUAUGUCUGUAUUAACGUGUGCUUAACUAAAACCCCAAAACAAAACUGAUCCAUAAUCGGUGUCCACUGAGUGUUACCCGAAUGAUUAUCGUAUGCUAAUUAUUAUUUAUUGCUAAUAAAUCGAAUUAUACUUUGUAAAA